GUUUGACUGAAAAUGUCAUUUGAGUUUUGACAGAUAAAUAAAUCGUCGAUACAUGCGAAACGUGUAAUUUUUUACAAAUAAACACCAAUUGCUUUUCCAUUUCUUAGCAAAGAUUUAAAUAUGGCUAACGAAGCAAGUGUUGAUGUAACGUCUAUCAUAUCAAACAUUAAAAAAGGUCAAGAAAAUGAAGUUUCUCCUGAAGACAAUGAGGUUAUGUCGUCGGAUAAGACCAAUACUAAUGAAAUCCGUGGAAAACCAAAGUCUGGUAGAUUCUGGAAGUCCAAAAAAGAGAAAUUUUCUUCAAUAAACAAAACUAAAGGUCUCCGACAAGACUUCCAAAAGAAGACAUCACUACGUUUAGAGCUUAAACGAACAAAAGAGUUAUCCAAGCAAGUGAUUGAACAGUUAAAAACUAAGGAGGCCGAGCGAAAGGAGCGGAGACGACUAAACAUACAAAAAGCAGAAGAAAAUAAACGCAAGUCUGAAGUGGUGCAAGUGAUUACAAACACAGCAAAACUGAAGAGGAUGAAGAAGAAACAAUUAAGAUUUAUCCAAAAAAGAGACACUAACAAGGAAGUGGAAGCAAAUAAAUAAUUAAUUUUAUUAUUUAA